AUGGCUUCCACUAGUGCUCCUCCUCGCAUCCGAGCAUGUCUCUUUGACAUGGACGGCUUGUUGAUUGACUCGGAGGAUUUGUACACCAAAGUCACGAACGAAAUCCUCCAGAAGUAUGGAAGACCAAAUCUCCCCUGGUCAAUCAAGGCCCAGCUGCAGGGUCGCCCCCAGCCGGAGGCCGCCAAGAUCUUUAACGACUUUGCUCAGCUGCCCAUUAGUGAAGAGGAGCUGAAGGAGGAGCAAUCAAGUCGUCAGCGACAAUACUUCCCACAGACACAGCCACUCCCCGGUGUACCGACUCUUCUAUCCAAUCUCGUGUCGACACUGUCAACCGACGAGCCUGUAUACAUUGCGCUAGCUACAUCAUCCCACAGAAGCAACUACAAAUUAAAGACUGAUCAUCUGAAAGAGCUGUUCUCGGUGUUUCCUGAACCUAACAAGGUUCUUGGUGACGAUCCGCGCAUCGGCAAGGGCCGAGGCAAGCCUCUUCCUGAUAUCUACUUGCUUGCUCUGGAGACUAUCAAUAUCGAACUGCGCAGCAAGGGGAAGGCAGAUAUCAAGCCGGAGGAGUGUCUCGUGUUUGAGGACGCGGUUCCGGGCGUUGAGGCUGGUCGUCGCGCCGGCAUGCAGGUUGCCUGGUGCCCUCACCCGGGUCUCCUAGAAGCCUUCAAGGGCCGGGAGGACGAAGUUCUCGCUGGAGCCACGGGUUCGCAUAAGGAGGAGGAGAAGACGGAUGCUCAAAAAGAGGCAGAGGAGCUCCAGGCCUGGCGUUUGCGGGGUUCUGGAACACCUGGCAAGAUCGGCGAUGGGUUUGGCCAGCUCUAUUCCACCCUGGAAGACUUCCCGUAUGCGAGAUAUGGCAUUCGGAUUCUCUGA